AUGCCAAACCAGUUACGACCCGUCUCCCCGGUCGCUCUCGAAACAUGCUCCCCUCCACCCGCCGACUCAGACCAGAAUCCAUAUGAGCUACUAGGCUCUGAUGAUGAACUGGAUGAUUUGGCUCGCGCUGCGAAGCGUCAACGAAUUGAGAAGCUAGCGGAGGCAUAUCUACGGGGUCGGCCUUUGUUUAUUGCCUCCGCGGCGCUGCGUGGGCCAUUCGAUGAGGGAUGGAAGAACCCGUGGAAGAAGAAGCGGAAGAUCCUUACGAAAUCCGAUGCAAAACUAAGCGUUACGGACUCUGGAGUGCGGAAUGGGACCCACGGGACGAUUGUUCAGGAGACCGACGUACGGAACAAGAGAUAUAAAACCGAUUUGGCGGGUCCUUCUCGUCCUACUGUUUCGGCGUCUCCGAUCAUCCCGGCUUCACCUUCCGCAACUUUGAUUGACAAUCGACCUACUUCUCUUCCUCCCAAGUCAGGACAGAAGAGGCCCUCUAGUACUGCUUGUGCGGAGAGUAGUCGAGCUUCGCCCCGGUUACCUAAGCGGUCGAAAGAGCGGCCCCAGUUGGAAGUUGACGCUACAUUUGCAGAGCCCGCAUCAAUAAGUUGGCUGAAGAAAGACAGGCGGCGAAUGAACUUCAAGUCGUUCGAACCGCCUAGUUCUCCAACGCCGAAGAGUGAUCAUAGCGGGUGGGAGAUAGGUCCUCGUCCCCGUGAACCACGCUCUGUGGCUCCGGUAUCAUCUCACGCUUCUUCGAACUUGGUUACGCCUGCGGCUGCCACCUUUUCUGAGCGGCUGCCACAAAAAGCAACUACUAAGGCACCUCCACAAGUUGUCCGGCCGCCCGCACAGGGUCCGCACCGGAGCCCCAUCGCUGCUAUCCCGUCUCCAAGUAGAAUGGCUUCUCCAAGCUGUGAGAAACAGGAUUCAUUUCGUGUAGUGUCCUCGACUUCGCAGCUCGCGCGCUUCGAGUAUAGGCUCCGUGCACCUGUCUCAAGCACACGGUCCAAGUUCAAUUCACCGGCUGCAGAAAACGUUGCUGCAAAGCCAUCCGCUCCAGCCGAUGAAGGCCGUCAUGCCGUUGCAUUGGAACAAAUCGAGGUAGCAGAGCCAGUUCAUUCAGCGGAGCCUGAGGCGACUGGUAAUGGGUCUAAUGAACCUGAGAAAGCUGGCCAGGAAAUAGGCCAACAUAUAAACUUAUCAAAGAGCCUGCGAUUCGCCAAUGAUACCGAUGGGACAACAUUUACGAGUACGUGUUUGCCGACUACAUCAGAAAAAAAUACCUACGAUGAGCUUCCAUCUGCACAGCAAGUGGCCGUUCUGCCAGGCCUAUCAGACCGCGUGCCAUCUCUUCACUCGACAAUCGUGCCUAAAGAGAACUCAAAAACCCACGGACACACCAGUCCUGAUACACAACUAUCUACACAAGCUGCUCUAUUGCAUGCACAAAAGUCUUUCCAAGAUGACUUGGAGAGCCCUGCUCAAUACGGCAUUACACCAGCCCCGCAGCGCGCGAUGGCCAACGUGGGUGAUGAGUCCCUACUUGCACAGGAAACGCCUCUCUUUAGGCCCGAUACCUCGGAAAGGGCAUUGCCUCACAGCUUCAGAGUACCCGAGACCAGACAAUCUGAGAAGAGUAAGAUGCAGGCUAUGAGCACACAGUGCAUGAUUGACGCUGCAACUCCCUUUACUUUCAGCACUGAUAAAAAGUCGAGAGCUUUUCGCUCGAUCUCGCCGCGCAAGACCAGCCCUGUCAAGCCGCGAGCCAUACAUACAGCCGAAGCUCCUUCCCCCAUCACGUCAUCCCCGAUUUCGGUCUUUGAUCCGGAUUCCUACACAGCUCAGCAUCAACUUGAAAGCUCGCAUCCUCCGUCCGCGCAUUCCCCACCACCUGAUCAUACUUCUAUUCACCCAUCCACUACAGAAGGCACUUCACUUCCUUUUGUUCUGAGUGAAUCAACACCUACCACUGCGCAGGAUGGACAAGGAGGACUCCAAAAUGCGGAUAGCUUCAAUCUCAGUCAGGCCAUCGCUGAUGCUGGCAGCUGGCUACAGCAAAGUUUCAAAUAA